GCCGCCCGCAGGGGCGGAUGGCUGCGGGGGGGCUGCUGUGCGCGGCCAGCGGGCUGUGCGCGCUGCUCACCGCCACCGCCACCGACUUCUGGCUGAGCCCGCGGGGACAAGGAGACGCGAUCGGACUGUGGCGGCUCUGCACCGCGGGGGGGCACUGCGGGACGCCCCCCGGUCCGCCCGGUACGGAAUGGCACCGCUGCCAACGGCACGAGCUGUGCGCGGCCUCAGCUGCGCUGUGCUGUGUUGGUCUCAGCUGCACUAUGUUGGGUUGGGUCCUUGCUGUGAUGAUCUCUGUGUGCGGCCCCUGUGCAGUUCUCAUGUCCCCAUUCUCUGCCCCCACAGUGAUUUGGGACGCCACGCGGGCGCUGAUGCUGCUGGCCUUGCUGGCUGCUGCUGUUGGUUUCGCCGUGGGGCUGUCGGCCACCGGUGGUGCUGCAUGGAGGGCGCGUGCCCGCACGGCUGGGAUCACCAUGCUGCUGGGUGGUGUUCUGGCACUGCUGGGGCUGGCAAUGUGCACGGCAGGAGCACGGGGCACCGCCUGGCGCUUCUCCUGGUCCUACAUCCUGGGUUGGGUCGGCGUCAUCCUCAUCGGCUCUGCAGGGCUCUUCCAUCUCUGUGCCGCCGCUAAAGAUCAGUCGUCCCCAGAGAGCUCCGAAACGGGGAACUGA